AUGUUGAAAAUGCUUAAAUUGGUUCGGAAUUUUUGGCAGGUUAAAAUUAAAAUUUUAAUUCAGGCACUAAAUUUCACAUUCGACUUGUACUUGGUAGAAGACGGUAAAUUUGGCUCAGUAGAUGAAAGUGGUAGAUGGGAUGGACUGGUCGGGGAGUUGGUUAUUGGGAGAGCAGAAAUGGCUAUUGGACCCAUUAGUAUUUUGGCUGAACGCGAGAAUGACAUUGACUUCACCGUUCCUUUUUAUGAUUUGGUUGGUUUAAGUAUCCUAAUCAAACGGUCUGAGGUGGAGACCUCGCUUUUCAAAUUUCUUAAAGUGUUGGAAUUGCCAGUCUGGACGUGUAUUUUUGGUGCUUAUAUUUUCACUAGUGUGCUCCUUUGGCUUUUUGACCGAUUCAGUCCAUAUUCAUAUACAAAUAACAAGGACAAAUAUGCAAGUGAAACAGAAAAGCGGGAAUUCACUUUAAAGGAAUGUUUAUGGUUCUGUAUGACAUCUUUAACCCCUCAAGGAUUAGACGAUUUGGCAAAACAAUAUAAAAUCGAAUACGCCCCAUUAAAAGGUGGUGCAACCGAAACAUAUUUUCGCCGGAUGGCUGAAAUUGAAGAGCAAUUUUACAAGUUGGUCAAUUAUUUCCCACUCUUAUAUUUUACUCAUAUUUGCAGUAUUUGGAAGCAAAUGUCUCUAAAUGAAUCAUUGGAUUCACGUGAUCGAUCAAAACUUGCGGUGUGGGAUUACCCAGUUUCUGACAAAUUUACAAAUAUGUGGCGCUUCAUGCAAGGUUAUACUUUAUUAAUUAAAAAACACUCCAUUAUUGCAGAAUCGCGCCUUCCACAAACUGUAGACGAUGCGAUCGAUCGUGUUUUAAAUUCGGAACGUGGCUUCGCUUUCAUUGUAAUUCACUUUAUGAUUCAGCUAAUGAAUAUUUAUUUGUAA